AUGGGACUGGAAACAGCUACACCUUCCAUUGUUAGAUCAGCAUCAGCAUCAACAUCAACUGUUGUUCCUAAAAGCCCUUUUAUUGGAAUCCCUCCUCAAGACGAGAAUUAUUACAAGACAUCAUCAGAUACUAUAAAAUGUAAAGAUGGAUCCGCGACAUUCACCAAGUCUCAGCUCAACGAUGAUUUCUGUGAUUGCCCUGAUGGUACCGAUGAGCCUGGCACAUCAGCAUGCCCUGGUGGGCAAUUCUAUUGUAGAAAUGCAGGACAUGCUCCUGUUUUCUUAUUUUCUUCCAGAGUCAAUGACGGCAUCUGUGAUUGUUGUGAUGGGAGUGAUGAGUAUGGUGGCCAAGUUAAGUGUCCAAAUACAUGCUGGGAAGCUGGCAAAGUGGCUAGAGAUAAGUUGAAGAAAAAGAUUGCCAUGUAUAAGGAAGGGGUUGUGCUGAGAAAUAAAGAAGCUGAACAAGCAAAAAUAGCAUUCGCCAAAGAUGAGGCUGAACUAUCCAAGCUAAAAAAUGAGGAGAAUAUACUCAAAGGGGUAGUUCAACAGCUUAAAGAGCUUAAGGAACAGAUAGAGAAGGCAGAAGAGAAAGAGCGCUUGCAGAAAGAAAAGGAAGAGAAAGAAAGGAAAGAAGCUGAAGAAAAGGCCAAUGGGGAUAAAAGUGCAGUUGAAGAGGAAGCUAGCCUAGAGAAAGGCCAUACUGAGAGGGAAAUUGAGAAUGAAGACAAAGAAAUGGAAAGCAAACAUGAUGAAAUCGGUCUUCUGGAUGAUUCUCCUGCAGAUCAGGAUGUUGUGGACGAGUAUGCCGAUCAUGGAGCUGAAGAUGAAAGUGGUGGUGCUUCCAAAAUUGAAGGAUCUCCAGUUAGCGAAGUGGAGCAGCAUGAGGGACAAGAGGAUAAAGAGUCAGUCUCAACAAAAAUCAAGGAUGGCUCUACACAUGUGCCCGAAACUGGUCAUGAUGCUGGAAAUGAGGCGUCUCAUGAUCAACCCAUGGAAGAGGGGGAAGAUGAAUCCACUGAUCCUGAAGGAUUGUCAAAGGAAGAGUUGGGUCGCCUUGUUGCUUCUCGCUGGACAGGAAAUUCUGAGAAGCAAACUGAGGGAGUUAGUGAUACAAAAGACAAUGACCAUGAAGACCAUGAAGACCAAGAAGAGAUGGCUCAGGACACGCAUCAUGAGGAAUAUGAUGGUUAUGCUUCAGAAACUGAUGAUGAGACUGGCAAGUAUGAUGAUGUUGAUGGAGGAGAUGAUAUAGAUGAGACUUAUGAAGAGGAAGCUCAUGAUGAUGCUACUACUACUUAUAAAUCUGACUUUGAGGAUGAAGUUGAAUUUUCAGAUACAACCUCCCCAGGUAAUCCAUCUUGGUUGGAGAAAAUACAGCAAACCUUUAGGAGCAUUAUACAAGCUUUUAAAUUCUUCCAAACUCCAGUGGACAAAUCAGAGGCUGCCCGUGUACGCAAGGAAUACGAUGAGUCCAGCGCUAAGUUGUCUAAAAUACAGUCAAGGAUAUCAAGUUUGACGAAAAAGCUGAAACAUGAUUUUGGGACGGAGAUGGAAUUCUAUUCAUUCUAUGAUCGCUGUUUUGAGAGCAAGCAGAACAAGUAUGUUUACAAAGUCUGCCCAUACAAACAAGCUUCCCAGUCGGAGGGCCACUCAACAACUCGUUUGGGGGAUGCACUCAAUAUUCUGUCUAUUCUUUCAUUUACCAUGGAUAUCAAUGUCAGAGAUAAAUCUAAGCAUCUUAUCUGUCCAUUAAUCCAGUGGCGCUGGGAGAAAUUCGAGGACUCAUACCGAGUUAUGGUCUUUUCAAAUGGGGAUAAGUGCUGGAAUGGGCCUGAUAGAAGUAUGAAGGUCAGGCUAAGAUGUGGAUUGAGUAACGAGGUUACAGAUGUAGAUGAACCAAGCCGUUGCGAGUAUGUGGCAUUACUUUCUACCCCAGCCCUUUGCCUAGAAGGAAAGCUCAAGGAGCUGGAAAAUAAACUAGAAUCAAUGAACAAAGAACAGCCACAGAGUCAUGAUGAACUCUAA